UAACCAACACAGGCCUCCUUUCCCUUCCCAUGGAGAGUUUCCUUCUUCUCGGUAACCAUACGGCUCUUUUUCCAGAGGGUGCUGAGCAAUUUUGUUUUUUUGCCCCGCGCGAAUCUCUGUCUUUUCCCGUUCGAGAUAUACGGCAGUGCAGUGGGCAAGAGAUUCCUCUGGCCUCUGCGAUUUUUCUUGGGGAAAUCUUGCUUUUCAAGAUUUUCAUUAUCAAAAACACUCGCACUCGGUUUGUCUGGUGGUGUAGUACAAAAUCGUCUAUAAAUUGAAAAUGACGAAACUAAGGUCACCUACCACUACCAGUGUCUGCAAUUUCCGCCCCUAACUCGACGCAUAAACGCCAUUUUCCUUUGUGGUAGCUUCGAAAAGAACACGCGGUCCUUCAAGCUUUACCGCCUACGCUCCUCCUGCCUAACUCACCCUCACCAGCUAAUUCACAUGGAUGAUCUGGAAAAUACACACACUGAUUGUGACCUUUGGGCGGAUGGGAUGGAGAACAUUUUCAUUGAGAUGUUGUAUGGGGACACCCUUAGUGGAGCACUAAGGGCAGGGAAUAUCACAUCUAGGGACCAUACAACGUAUGCUCAACGGCUUACAUCAGUGGGUAUAAGGGUAUAUGAUAGCAACCAAGUGAAGGGCAAACUACAAAGGUUGAAGUCGAGGCACCGCCUUUUCACCGACCUUAUGAGGCAAACAGGUAUGGCUUGGGGCCCCGACAACAAAAUGGUGAUAGCCAAUGACGAACACUGGGCAAAUGCCCAUGGGGCAAAAUCACAAUGGAAGAUGGUCUGGACCUUGGGCUGCCCAAUGUACGAGAAGCUCUACACCAUUUUUGGGGCAUCAGUUGCUACUGAUACACUCUACCCCACGUCAACACAACCACCCCUAGAUAGUGACGACGAGUGUGCACUUGAUGCGGAGAUGCGACACUGGGGCCCCGCACUGGGCAAUCGACAUGGAUUGCCCAUUGACUUUGCUGACAUGGAUUUCUCCAUGGGAUAUGAGACACCACCAUCCAUUGCGUCGUGGCGAAGCCAACGUCGACGACAGAGGGCGGGGCCUUCCAUGCAGGUGGAUGCAGACAUUUCUAACUGCCUCAAUGAGAUAACUCGUACUACUAUAGCGAGGCGGAAGUGCUAUGAGGAGAGGGCUGACGGAACUUCUAACAAGCGCAACAAAGGCACAACUAGUUCCAACCACGUUGCCCAUUGUAAUCAGCACACGCAGUCUGUGCAAUUGCUGCAAGCACUUGAUCCUCCGCUGCCCGAUGAUGUAUUCCUUCGUGCUUUCGAAAAAUUACUUGAUACCCGUGUCCAGACAGGCUUCCUGGCAUUGGAUGAUCAACACAAGAGGCUGUGGGCCAUGAAUUGUAGCUAGUUGGAGUUGGGGCUCCAAAAUUUUCCACCCGGAUGGUUUUAUUUAUGCUUAUUGCUAGUUUUUACUAACGAUUAUUGAUUAUAGAACAUUUAUCUACGCCUGUUUUAACUUUGACGUUGUUUUCAAUGCAAUGAAGUGCAGUCUUUUGUU